AUGGAGGGGGAUUCCGGGUUCUGGGCAACGGACGAUCUGUCCGACAUCUUUGGCGACGUGGACGAGGGAGAAACAACAAAGGAGGACAAGAAAGAUGCCGCCGAAGCAGAGAAAGAACAGGAUUCAGCACAGGAUUCAGCUGCCCUCCAAGCACAACUCGCGGCGUUGGAGCAGCAGUUGGCAAAGGUGCGUGGGCAGCUGAACAAGGCCAACAGCACCAAGACCACCAACAACAGCGCCACCGCCACCAUCAACGACAACACCACCACAAAUGACAACAACACCAACAACAACACCAACAGCAACAGUGCCGCUAACAAGCCCACACCAAGCACCAAUGCCACCACAGCAGCCGCAGCAACUACCGCAGCCAGGAAACCUUCGACGCCACGAGCAGCUGCUGCACCGACGCGGAGCGUUCGCCCUCAAAGCACCAGUGGGUCGCAGAAGCAAGCUACGCCCGGCAUGACUACCCAUCCGUCCUCAGCUUCCUUGACGGCAAAGCAGACGGCGCCGCCACAGCGGGCGGUGGUUCCGCGAAAUGCGCCCAGGCGACCCGGCACCAGUGGCAGCGCUUCAACAUCAGGGGCAUCGCCAUCGGCAGGCACCGGUGCAAAGGUAACAACCAGCGGCGCAUCCAACUGGACACAGAGCGAUAAGGACGAGUACACGGGACUCCGACUCAAGAACCGAACCAUUGGCAGUCUGCAGCUCAAGUCGAUGAUGAGUGGGCGGAAGUUUGUUCCCAUCCGUGACAUUGUCAGUGUGCUGCGACACCGUGCAAAGUCGCCCGAAUCGGCAACGGAGACAAUUGUGACGUUUGGGGUCGUGGCCAAGAAGUCGCCCACGAAACAGACAUCCAAGGGCGCAAACUACGCCAUCUGGACCAUGUCAGACCUCAACCACGACGGGGUUGGCCUGUUCGUCUCUGGUGCAGUGCAUGCAAAGCACUGGCGCGAGAAUGCUGGCGUCUUUGUCGGCAUUUCCGACCCGGUCCUCAUGGAGGAGCGCGCCGGCUCGCGGCCAAUGUUGACGGUGCGCGAUGAAAGCCAACUGCUCAUGGUUGGCACGUGCUCGGAUUUCGCCAUGUGCAAGGCGUUUACCAAAGACGGCAAGCCAUGCAGCUGGCCAGUCAAUUUGCAACUGGGGGAAUAUUGCCAAGCGCAUGUUGGCUCCGCGUACAGGAAGAAGAAGAGGCAAUCGCGGCAAGUCCUCAACCUCGGAAUGGGCCCGAAUCCCAACGCGCGCACGGUGUUGGCGGCGCGGCAGCGGUCCGGUGGUCGACCAUCACCAUCACCAUCAUCGUCCACUGGUCUUGCACGAGGCGCAUCUGUUGUUGGAAAGAGUGCAUCAUCGUCAUCUUCAUCGAAGAAGGCCAAGACGCCGAUGGAGAAGAUGAAGAGUCAGCUGCGACUGGAAGCCGUGACAUCCCUGAGUGCCAACAACACCUUUCGUAAGGCCAUGCGCACCAUGACUUCCUCAAAUCCGCUUGCAAAGAAGAUGGUUGAGCACGAGUUUCGUGAAGCGGCAAAGAAGCGCGAUGGGUCCUUCCUCAACCGCCCAAGAUCGGGUGUCCGUCCAGACACCCAGGCAUCGACCUCCGUGCUCACGGCCACGUGCGACAAGCUCCUUGCACUCAACGGACAGUCAAGACCCAUGCUUGCACGCGGCGCACAGGCGGGGUCGCAAAUCCAACUGUCCAAAGCGCGUGAUCCAUACGCACGUGCAGCCGCGCUCGCCCGCAGCAAAGGCGGAUUCGCCAAAGUCGAUCCCAAUGCGCCCGUGUCACCAUCAUCACAGGACGUUGACGUGGAUAAGCUGCGAAAGCGCGUGGCCAGACGCGAGGUAACUGCAGCAGAGGAUCGAGAGGCGCGCACGUCCAAGCGCCCAAAGUCAUCCGUCCUCACAGCCAUCGUCGGCGAUAUUGAUUCUGAGGAGACAAAGGCGAUGCUUGAGCGCAAAUCGAAGCACCUGGACGAAUUCCACGAGGCGGAAGAGAAGGAGCUUAUGCGCAUGCUGGCACGCGGAGAGGAAUUGGAGAAGAUGGAGGAAAAGAUGAAGACAAUCAAGGAAACGACCGUCGUGUGUCACAAGUGCAGUACGUGCAAGCGGCUGACGAUGCGCGCGCCAAAGCUGUGCAUCGACAACGGGCACGCCGUGAACAAGGUGAAGACCAAGAAGCGGUUCUUCCAGUGCGGAAACUGCAACAAGCACACGUUUACGCUGGGCGCUCGUUUGCCUGGUGGGCCCUGUCCUGAUUGUGGAAAGGUCGCAUGGAACAUCGCCUCCAUGUUCAAGGGUCGUCGCUCAAAGCGCCCGGAGUUUGGCGUGAAGACACACUUUGGCGACCAACCACGAUAAACAGCGCUGCUGUGCUGCUGGCCGCACAGUGGCUGACUUCUUCUUCCUCAACCACAUAUGUAAAUUCUUGAUGAACUUUUCAUAUUGGCACGUUAUGCUGACACGACCAAGCAAACAAGAAGCAAAAACAAACAAACACAA